UGAACUACUGUCAUGGAUUUAAGGGAUUUUUUCAUGUUGGCAACAUUAGUUGCUUGUUUUUGUUUAGAUCCAACCAUAGCCCAAGAGCUCAUUUACCCUAUUCGUGAAGAGCUUCAGGAAAAUGUACUUAUUGGAAACAUACCAAAGGACUUGAACAUCUCCCAUAUAAACUCUGCCACCGGGGCUAGCAGUAAUUUGGUUUACAGACUUGUGUCCAAAGCCGGGGACAACCCGCUAUUAAGAGUGAUGAGCAAUACAGGAGAAAUCUUUACCACCGCAAACCGUAUUGACAGGGAGAAACUCUGUCCUGGCCCCUCUUUUGAAGACAGUGAGUGUUCCUUUGAAAUUGAGGUGGUCAUUUUGCCUAAUGACUAUUUUAGAUUAAUCAAAAUAAAGAUCAUUGUCAAAGACACCAAUGACAAUGCCCCAAUGUUCCCCUCCCCUGUGAUCAACAUAUCAAUUCCGGAAAACACAUUAAUCAACAGCCGCUUUGCCAUUCCCUCUGCCACUGAUCCAGAUACUGGACCCAACAGCGUACACAAAUACGAGCUGUUGAACGGGCAGAGUGCUUUCGGUUUGGAUAUCGUGGAGACGCCAGAAGGUGAGAAAUGGCCUCAGCUAAUAGUUCAACAGAAUUUAGACAGAGAGCAGAAAGAUACUUAUGUGAUGAAAGUCAAAGUGGAGGAUGGGGGGAACCCACAAAAAUCCAGCACUGCCAUUCUACAGGUGACUGUCACUGAUGUUAAUGAUAACCGGCCUGUCUUCAAGGAGAACCAAAUUGAGGUCCACAUUCCAGAAAAUUCUCCUGUUGGAACGUCAGUAGUUCAAUUGCAAGCCACUGAUGCAGAUGUGGGGGCCAAUGCAGAAAUAAAAUACAUGUUUGGGACUCAAGUGUCAAGUGCCACACGGAGACUUUUUGCUCUGAACUCCACCACUGGGCUCAUAACAGUUCAACGACCACUAGAUAGAGAGGAGACUGCCAUUCAUAAACUGACUGUAUUAGCCAGCGAUGGAAGCUCAAGUCCAGCAAGAGCCACCAUAACUAUCAACGUAACUGAUGUUAAUGACAAUGCUCCAAAUAUUGAUUUAAGAUACAUCAUAAGUCCCACCAAUGGCACCGUAAUGCUUUCCGAAAAAGAUCCGAUUAACACCAAGAUUGCUCUUAUUACUGUCUCUGACAAAGACACUGAUGUGAAUGGAAAAGUUAUUUGCUUUAUUGAAAAAGAUGUUCCUUUCCACCUCAAAGCAGUUUAUGAUAACCAAUAUUUGUUAGAAACAUCUGCACUGCUUGAUUAUGAGGGAACCAAGGAGUACAUCUUCAAGAUUGUGGCCUCUGACUCUGGAAAACCUAGUUUAAACCAGACCGCCCUGGUAAGAGUAAGGCUGGAGGAUGAGAACGACAAUUCACCCAUUUUUGCCCAGCCUGUCAUUGAACUGGCCGUCAUGGAAAACAACCGACGUGACAUGUUCCUGACAACCAUCAGUGCUACAGAUGAGGACAGUGGAAGGAAUGCUGAGAUUGUCUACCAGCUCGGACCCAAUGCUUCUUUCUUUGAUCUCGAUCGCAAAACAGGGGUGCUAACCGCAUCAAGGGUGUUUGAUAGGGAAGAACAAGAGCGGUUCCUCUUUACGGUCACAGCCAGAGACAAUGGCACCAGGGCUCUACAGAGUCAAGCGGCAGUCAUAGUAACGAUAUUGGAUGAAAACGACAACAGCCCUAAAUUCACACACAACCACUUUCAGUUCUUUGUGUCAGAGAAUCUGCCUAAAUAUAGCACAGUAGGAGUGAUUACUGUCACGGAUGCUGAUGCUGGUGAGAAUGCGGUGGUGAGGCUUGUAAUCCUCAAUGAUAAUGAGAACUUCAUCCUUGACCCAGAUUCUGGUGUGAUCAAAUCCAAUGUUUCCUUUGACCGAGAACAGCAAAGCUCCUACACGUUUGACGUUAGAGCGGUGGACAAUGGGAGCCCCCCAUGUUCUUCAGCUGCUAAGGUGACCAUCAACGUCAUUGACGUCAACGAUAACACACCCAUUGUCAUCUACCCACCAUCAAACACCUCUUUCAAACUAGUGCCCCUGUCUGCAAUUCCAGGGUCGGUUGUGGCUGAGGUUUUUGCGGUAGAUGGUGACACGGGUAUGAAUGCCGAACUGAAGUACACUAUUGUGAGUGGAAACAACAGAGGUCUUUUCAGAAUUGACCCUGUAACAGGAAACAUCACACUAGAAGAGAAACCCACCAUUACUGACAUUGGUCUCCAUAGGUUAGUGGUCAACAUCAGUGACCUUGGCUUUCCAAACUCCCUGCACACCCUUGUCCUUGUUUUCCUUUAUGUCAAUGACACGGUUGGAAAUUCCUCAUUCAUACAAGACCUCAUCCGUAGGACAAUGGAAACGCCGCUUGACAGGAACAUUGGUGAGAGCAGCGAGACUGAUCAGAAUGUUGACAACCUAAAAACCGUCAUUGCCAUCGUUACAGGUGCCAUGGUGGUGAUUGUGGUCAUCUUCAUUACAGUUCUGGUGCGCUGCCGUCAUGCCUCACAGUUCAAAGCUGCACAGAGGAAGAAGCAGGGCACAGAGUGGAUGUCACCUAACCAAGAGAACAAGCAGAACAAGAAGAAGAAGCGAAAAAAGAGGAAGUCGCCAAAGAGCUCCCUCUUGAACUUUGUCACAAUUGAGGAGAACAAACACGACGACCCUGCUCACAAACCUAUUAAUGGAACCAUCAGUCUCCCGGCUGAGCUAGAGGAGCCCGGAAUUGGACGCUUUGACUGGAAUGCCACACCCACUACCACAUUCAAACCCAGCAGCCCGGACCUGGCCCGGCACUACAAGUCUGCUUCACCCCAAUCUGCAUUCCACCUCAAAGCUGACACUCCAGUGUCUGUGAAAAAGCAUCAUGUCAUACAGGAGCUGCCAUUGGACAAUACCUUUGUUGGGGGCUGUGACACGCUUUCCAAACGGUCCUCCACCAGCUCCGAUCACUUCAGUGCCUCAGAAUGCAGUUCACAAGGAGGCUUCAAGUCAAAGGGGGUACCUUUGCACACCAGACAGGGAACUCUUACUCGUGCCCGCACCGAACUGAACCCCGACUAUCUGGACCUUCGUUCCAGAGCUGAGCUGAACCCAGAGUACUGGACACCCUGUACUCCUCUAUCACAGCGGCGGGUCACGUUUCAUCUGCCGGAUGGCUCACAGGAGAGCUGCAGUGAUAGUGGGCUGGGUGACCAUGAGCCAGUGGGCAGUGGGCCACUCAUCUCACACCCUCUCCCUCUGGUACAGGCACAGGAUGAGUUCUAUGAGCAGGCCUCGCCGGACAAGAGGACCGAAGCUGACGGCAACUCGGACCCCAACUCUGAUGGACCUUUAGGACCAAGAGGCUUAGUGGAGGCUACGGAGAUGUGCACCCAAGAGUGUCUGGUGUUGGGACACUCCGACAACUGCUGGAUGCCACCAAGCCUGACAUCGUACCCUUCACCCAAGUCGCCCGUUUCCUCUUUCAACAACCAGAAGGAGUGGGCCAAAGAGAGAUUACUCAAUGGCCACACCCUGAACCGUAGCUGGAAAGGCGAGCGUGGAAGCCAGGAGCAAUUUGCGGAUAGGAAGACCUUUGGAAGCUCGGAAGGACAUUUUGGCAGUGGUGGCGGCGGUCACAUGGCCGACAUCCCAUUAGCCAGCCUGAAAUCAUACCAGCCCGUCUCUGGCCCAGACAAUCUAAAAGAACAGCAGCUUUAAGAGCUUUUUUUUUUGUUUGUCUCUUCUUUACGAUCACCCAAGCAACUUUGGAGAGCUUUAGUUCAUUUGGUCCUAACAGUUUUUUCUCUUUUACUUAGAUUGAUGCUAAUGCGGUGUGAUAGUCACGUGUAUGGAGUAGACCGUAGACUUUAUUGCUUAUGCUGAACAGUAUACUAUGCCAAUCCAACUUGCCGAUGGCCACUUCUGCUGAGAUUUUUUUGCGCUGAAUUAUAGCUGCCCUAAAACCACCAUAGUUUUCUUCAAACUCACGUUAAAAUGAUACUGUAUACGUCGUCUUGAACAGAGACGGCAAAAAAAAGUUUGAGAUAAACAAAACUGUACUCUAUGUAUCACAGUUCUUAAAAAAGGGGGAAAAAAGAAAAACAAUAUAACAGCUGAUCAGUAAAUACAAAUAAUGUGACGUGGUUGUUUUUGAGCUGUUUUGGGAACUAUAUUAAUCUACACCAUCUGAGAAAAAUUGAAUUGUCAAUUGAGAAAGCAUUGUUCUAAUAACACUGUUAGUGGAAAUCUUGUUUAGUCUGUCAUCGUUGAAGUGUUUGUAAAUAUGACUUAAUACUAACCGAUUUUAUGUACUUGUAAUAAUGUCAUGGAAUAGAUCCGUGAUCAUGACAGUUGUCUAUUAUCAUUCAUCAUGCAGGAGACAUUGUUUUUAUUGGGACUUUUGUCAUUUACAUUUGUCUUCUGGAUCAGGGGACCACAGUCUAGAGUUGGAAAGCAAACAUACAUGAAAACACACAGUGGGGCAAAUUCACUAAGCAGUUGCGUCACUUUAGAGCAUGCUAUUUCCACUGUUGUUCAGGACUUAUUUGUGAACCACGCUAUCUAGUUUAAGCAGACACUAAAUGCCCUGGAGAAGCACUGCAACUUGAGUAUUUAAAUUAAGUAAUUGCCAUUAUUUUCAAUGCCAACAUGUCUCCUUGUUAUGAAAAUGUAUGCAGUUAACGUAGCACUAUUAUCACCUGUGGCAAACAAAAGGGAUGUUUUACAUUUUCUAGUAAUCGCGGCAAUAAAAUAUUAUUAAAUGAUAAAGAAGAGUGUUAUAUCACGGCAUAUAUCCAGAUAUGCGAUGUAGUUGUGUGCUAUUUCUCCAUUUUAAAUAGUUGAUUUAUGUGCCUGGAUUACAGCUCCACCGCUGUAAAUGUUCUAGUAAAGUAUGCCUGAUUGCAGUAGUCUGCUGCAUCCUCUUCUACUGAUUUUUUUAUAGCAUUUUUAAAAUGUUAACUACUUUUUUGUUGUGAACCCUGCGCUAAAACAAUGCAGACAACUCGUGGAAAUAGCAGGCCCAAUAUAUUCUCAGUGAAUUUCCCCCAUAAAGUCACACACACACACACACACACACACACACACACACACACACACACACACACACACACACACACACACACACACACACACAUGUUGUGUUUCCAUGUUUUAUGGGGACUUUCCAUAGAUAUAAUGGUUUUUAUACUGUACAAACUUUAUAUUCUAUCCUCUAAACCUAACACUACCCCUAAACCUAACCCUCACAGAAAACUUUCUGCAUUUUUACAUUUUCAAUAAAACAUUGUUUAGUAUGAUUUUUAAGCGAUUUGAAUUAUGGGGACACUACAAAUGUCCUCAUAAAUCACAUUUAUAGCAUAAUAACCUUGUAAUUACUAAUUUGUAACUUACAAAAUUGUCCUCGUAAAUCACAAAAACACGCACACGCACACACACACACACACACACACACACACACACACACACACACACACACACAUAAACACACCCACACCCCCAUGACAGAAAAACAACAGAUGAUUUGCAGAUUAUCUUGUCAAUCAGUCAUGACAUUGCACAAUUUCCAAGUUUUUUUGCAUUUACAAAUGCAUUUACUAAUGCGAAAAUCUGGCGAACUUAUUUUUUCAAAGCUAUUUUGUAUUAUUGAUGUAAUUGCUCAAUUUCUACUCGCUGACACAGAAAGCUUGAUGUCUUUUCCUCAAAAAGAAAGAACAAAAAACAAAAAAUGAUGUUACAAUUCAACAGCAAUAUAUUUGUAAAUUCUCAACCUCUAAUUUAUAUAUGUCAUUAUUGUACAUGUUUCAUUGAAAUUGUGCUUUAAUUGAGAGUAGUACUUGCAAACUCAAAUAACUUUUUUUUUUCAUGAUAUAUCCUGUAUGCCCACGGUUUUCAUGAAGAGAAGUGUGUGUAUUUUUCAUGUCUGUGUCUCCAUGAUAUAUACUACGUAUUGUACCGAUCCAGAAGGUUUUACGAAAAACUGUCAGUGGCAAUGAAACUGCAUUCCCUAGUUGCUGAGUGCCGAACACAUUAAAUGUUUGUCAGGUGCCAGUAUACACAGUCAUUCCGGACAAAAAAAUAUAAAAUAUAAAAAACAAACUGUCCAAACUCAGAAAAGGAUAAAACAAUAAAAUAAAAUAAAAAACAGAACAUGGUCCAAAUGACCAUGUGCAUAAUUUAAAGACUGAGAGUUUAGUUUAACUUAUUUGUUCCUUUAAAUGUUUAGGCCGUUCUUUUAUUCUUGUCACAUGGCAUGCCAGCCAGUUCAAACGAUGAAACCGCAUGCUUAAAGGACAAAAUAGCUUUAUAAUGACUUAGUUUCACCUGCUUUUCAUUCAAUUUAUAAUUAUUGGUUUAUAAUGAUGUGAGGUCAUUCACUUUGUAUAGCACCUUUAUGUUUUAUCACAAUAUUUAAAGUACAAAAAUUUAUAUAAAAAAAGAUAUGAAAAGAGACAAGGGUGGUGUGAGUAUGUUUGUUGGUUGUGGGGACGUUUUCCAUCAUAGAUAUUUAAACAGUUACUCCUUGUUACUGCUCUACAGAUAUACUGCU